AUGGGCAAAAAAGGUGGCUCCCAAGAGCACGAAAUGAUGAAUGAAGCCCAAGGGCACUACACCUCUCAAGUUAUUGUCCGUGGAGCUGAGAAGGCGGCGAAGAAAAAGCUGCCGAUUUCGAUAUAUCGCAAAAGAGGCCACGCCCCCCAACGGCCUUCUUUUUUCCCAAGGAAAAAGUGGGCGGAGUCGACUUGUCAGGUCUUCGGAGCCUUCUCCGCUUAA